AUGCCUAGCGCAACCGCCCCUCCGCCCAUGUCGACCCCGCUUACCCCCUCUCCUCCCCCCUCAGCACACGCACCAGCAAAGUCCCAACCAGCACAGGGAAAACCCAAGGCCCACCCGCAGGAGCCCGAGCAUCCCCGUGAUCGGUGGGAGACGGCGUACGUCUGGGCGUUCUUGAGCCGGUUUUGUACGGCGGUGAUACAGAAGACUCAGGGGUUGGAGAGUGUCAUGGAUUUGGAAGACGCGAUACUCAUGCCGGAACAUACGCCUCUGCUGGAGACGGUGUUCAUCUCCCUUAUCCGGAUGUGCAAGCCCAACACGCACACGCGACUCGACGCACAGACUAUCCCUAAGACGUUGCUGGCGCUCAUGACUGAGCGGAAGAUGGAGUGCAUGUGGUACGAUAUCCGGAAUAAGGUGUUGCGGAACCCACUCGACGGGGUAGAGGACGUAUUCAAGGCACCCUGGGGACUCAAGCUGGACAUCCUAAGACAGCUAGUGGAUUGGGCACUCGUUACCGACUCUGGGGUGAGGGAGAGGAUCAGAGCGGUGAGAGACGCGACGAAGUAUCAGAGCAAGCCGAAGGAGCCGACUCAGGAAGGUGAACCGGGGGAAUCGAUCGUCCUUGACCCUAUUGGGCUGGAUCUCGAACGGCGACGGUACUGGGUCUUGGAUCACUCGGGGAGGAUGUAUCGUUCUCUCAACCCAUGGAAGAACGUCUGCCCCUUUACAGCGCUCACUUCCUCCUCCACAGAGUUGCGGGCAGAGAUUGGGAGGCUGGAAAACGAACUUGAGGAAGUUGAGGCUGCCCGUCAACUCGAAGCUUCUCGUGAACAAGGUCGUUCCCGCUCGGAAAAACCUCGGCACCCAGUGACGAAAUGGGAGAAUUCGAUGCGGACCAUGGUCACACGGCUCAAGGACGAGAUACUUCCAAAGGUGGAGCAGGAGGAGAUCCGGCAGACGAAGAAACGCAAGCAGCUGGAAGUGCGGCAGAACUAUAUCGCCCUGCACGAACUUCGGGAAAGUCGCACACGGAGGCAGAGGAAUAAGCCGCGUUAUGUGUAUGACGGGGUGUCGGAGGAGGAAGAUAACGGAGACGACUUUGUCGAAGAGGACGAAGGGGAUAACUAUGAGAACGAUACGGACGAAGAGCCUCUACCGAAACGCUUACGCACAUCAGUACGCGCCCCACCGGUACCGACACGAUCAAGCGGACGGUUAAGCGCUGCGCAAGCGGCUCGGGAAGCCGAGGGAAGGAAGGAGUGGAGAGGCGAGAGGAGGAGCUCGAGGUUAGGUGGACCGUCGUUCGAUGAUGCGGCUAGUGUUGUCGAGCCUUCGAGCCCUGGCAAUGCGAGCGAGCACACCACGGCGACCGAACAAGGGACCGUGAACGGGACUGAGAACGGAAACACGAAUGACAAUGACAACGGGGAUGGGAACGGGAUGAGCAGCAGUGAGAAGCAUCCUUCGGACGAACCGAUUACCCCUGCCCUACUCGACGCGGACGAAGUCGGCGCACAGCAGCUAUUCGAAUCUGUCCGGCUAGCCAAAGAGCGGAAACAGGAUGCAUUACGACACAUCGGCGGUGUUUCCCGAGUGAAGGAUACCGAGAUCAUCGUCGAAGCACCGAAGGGGAAGAAGUCGGGCAAAUUUUGGUUCUACGCUGUCGAACCCGUGAACCACCUGGGGUCGCUGGAGAUCCCCGACCCGCCGGAUAUCCGCCGGAGACCGAGGAAGAACAGCAAGCGAGCGAGCAGUGGGAAGGACAAUACUGCGCAAAGAGAGGGGAGCGAGGAGCAGCCCAUCAUGAAGGACGAAGAUGUGGAUAUGGACGGUGGGGAAGAGGGGUCCCGGACGAUGACGAACGGGAGCGGCAGCAGGCACGACGCCUCUGAAAUUACGACAUCCCCCUUGCCUAUGGAAUUCUGA